AAAAUCUAUGAAAUACAUGUUUGGUUUGGCUACAUUGGUUAAACUGUUGUGUCAGACAUGUUGCCAAGCACAGUCUGGUUUUCUGACUCAGUGGGGACUCGCUAGGAUAUUGUGACACUGAUCUAGAAUCUUCAUCAGUGAAAGAGUAUAGUCAGGUUUUGCACAUUUUAAAUUUUUGCUAUGCCUUGUAUUUUUCUUUAAUUUAAGCAACGUCAGUGUUUUCACAAGUCCUCUAUCAGGCAGCAUAUGGUUGACAAAUCACAACCAACUUGAAACUUUAGACCUACAUAAAGACAUUUUUAAAGUAAUUUGUAGUGGGGUUUUUUUAAGUAUAAUAAUACAAUAAUGCAAACAAGUUUAAAUUGAAUUCAAUAAAUAAAUUAUUCCAAAUUGUUUUAAUCUUAGUCGUCUUUCUUUGUGUAUGUAUGUAUAUGUGUGUGUUAUUCAUAUAUUAUGUCUUCACUAUUUCUUCUCUAGAACAAGGAUGAAUCAGGACCGAUUCUUUCAUCAAACAAAGCUGGAGUCGAUCGUCACCUUGUAAGCUACAUGGAUUCUGAUGAGUCUCUGUGUCCAUGCACCAGUUCCUCCCAGCUAAAUGAAAGCUGCCUGACAUGGAGUCCACCUACUGAAUCUGAUCUGUCCCCCACUGACCUGGACAGACAGUCUACUCCAAGGUUGAGAAGGACCAAAAGUAUACAGAUGAGUGGACGCAUUGAUUUUGAUUCAGAUGAGCUUUUUGAUCCCACCUCAGACGACAGUGGAGAAGAGUAUAUUCCUAAGAGUGGUCAAGACUCCUCUGAAGAUACAGAUACAAGCGACAUUAUUGUCCCAGUUAAUCAGAAAAUGAAGAAGCUGAGAUUUCCAAACAUAGGGAAGACGGUGGAUGUUGGAGAACAGGACAGCAGUUCUUUGAAGUCAACAACUCAGAGGGGGCGCUCACCUGUAAGAAAACAAAGUAGGAGAUCUUCAAGCAGUGUAUCCUGUCCAGCACAAACAAGUACUAUUAACACCACAAAACCUGCUAGACCUGAUACAGACUCUCCCCUGGGUGAACCGCCUGACAGUUUACUUUCCAUACCUGCUGUUUGUAAAAAAGAUGAUGGAUCAAGAAUGUACAACAAAAAGCAAUAUUGUGUGUACUGUAAGUUGGGGGUUAUAAAAAUGGCAAGGCAUUUGGAGCGUGCUCAUCAAGACAAGCCAGAGGUUGCAAGGGCUGUGUCCUUCCCAAAAGGCUCCCAAGAAAGACGAGUGCAUAUGGAACAUUUGAGAAACAAGGGCAAUUUUGCACACAAUGUUGAAGUGCUGAAUUCUGGUGUUGGAACUGUUGUGCCUCGCAAGCAACCAAAGGAUAAAUCUCAAGUGGAGAAUUUUCUGCAUUGUGCAUAUUGUCAAGGCCUUUUCUUAAAGAAGGUCCUUUGGAGGCACAUGAAGAUCUGCAAGUUCAAGCCUAAUACUCCACUUAAACCUGGCAGAACUCGCGUCCAGGCCCUCUGUGCAUUUGCUGCACCUCCACCAUCUGGAGUGAAGGAAAAACUUUGGAAGCUGCUUAACAACAUGGUUCAAGAUGAUGUGUAUUUUGCAGUCAAAUCUGAUGCCUGUAUAAUGGAGUAUGGUGAGCAUUUAUACAAUAGGCUUGGAUUUGACGUCAGCAAACAUGAAUAUAUUCGUCAGAAAUUGAGAGAGCUGGGAAGGCUUCUCAUAUGCUCAAGGAAAACCACUCCUCUGAAGACAAUUCAAGAUCACAUCAAGCCUGCAAAUUUUAUGCACGUUGUACAAGCAGUGAAAAAUAUAGCAGGCUACAGUUGUGACACAAAUGCAUACAGUUGUCCAAGUCUGGCUCUCAAAAUUGGAUAUAGCUUGAAAAAGAUUUCAAUGCUUGUUGAAAGUCGUGCAAAUGUACAAAGUGACUACAGUGCAGCAAAAGAAGCUCGUACAUUCCGCAGUGUGUAUGAAACCAGGUGGAAUGAACUGAUAUCAUCUGAUUCACUUAGAACACUUCAGGAGUCAAAGUGGAACACCCCCCAGUUGCUUCCAUUCACCAAAGAUGUGCAGACACUCCACUCCUAUUUAGAUGCUCAGCAACAAGAGCUUUUCAGCAGAUUGUCCUCAGAGACAUCCCUCCAGACAUACACGCAGCUGACAAAGGUCAUUUUGACACAAGUAAUUUUGUUUAACCGACGCAGAGCUGGGGAAGUGUCAAAAAUUCCUCUUUCUGCAUAUUUAUCUCACAAUGUAUCUGAUCCACAUGAGGAUGUGAAUGUUGCACUUUCAGAUCUAGAAAAGAGACUUUGUCAGCAUUUCCGAAGAAUGGAAAUUAGAGGUAAAAGGGGACGAAAAGUACCUGUACUCUUAACUCCAGCAAUGCAACAGGCAUUGGAUCUGCUUGUCAGCAAACGACAGGAAUGUGGAAUUCUACCAGAGAACACAUACCUAUUUGCAAGGCCAGCCAGUCGGAUUUGCUACCGUGGGACUGAUGGUCUUCGAUACUUCGCCAAGGUCAGUGGUGCAAAAAGCCCCGAAAAUCUUACUUCAACAAAACUACGAAAACAAACAGGAACCUUGUCCCAGGUCCUUAACCUCACCAACACAGAGUUGGACCAGUUGGCAGAUUUCCUGGGACAUGACAUAAGAGUCCACAGACAGUUUUACAGACUUCCCGAGGGCACACUCCAACUUGCUAAAAUCAGCAAGAUUCUUAUGGCUCUGGAGCAGGGACGUCUUUCAGAGUUCAAGGGCAAGUCCCUGGAUGAUAUUAGCAUUGAUCCACAUGAGAAUGUGUACCUUGACAGCGACCAGGAGAGAGACCCUGGGGCCCCAUGUGAUGACCCCGAAUCAGCCUAUGAGUCAGAUUCAAUGAAGCAAUCAGUCACAACUGAGAGUGAGACAACAGGGCCAGAUGUGAGCCACAGUGUACCACAGGAGGACUCGGCUACACAAGCCACAAACAACCAGACACCUCUGAAAAGGUUAAAAGGGCGACAGCCUGGCAAGAGGAAGAAGUGGGAGGAGGAGGAGGUUGCUGCUGUGGAAAAGCACAUGAUGUCCUUUAUCACAACAUGCCGGGUUCCUGGUAAAAGCGAUUGCGAUAAGUGUAUCGACUUGGAGAAAAGAGCUCUUAGAUACAGAAAUUGGCUAGCUAUUAAGUUUUAUGUAAAGAAUCGCAUUACAGCUCUGAAAAAAAAGGUUUGAAACCCUAGUUCGCAAAUGUGGUGUUGUUUGUUUUUAUUUAGCCCACAUAAAGUUGCCUGUAGUUGCAUAAUAAACAUGGUAAAGUAACCACUGUAGUGGCAGCAAUCAUAAAAAUCAGAGACCAAAAGAAGAGCUUUUGUGAUUGUACAGUUGUGUUUCAGGAUUGUUCACAGCAGAAUUAAUCAGAUUAAAAAGUGCGUUCACUAUUUGUUUUCCUUUUUUUAUUCUGAUGGAGACAGUAUAUAACCCAAUGGAGUCUGCGUGAGUACAUCAGUCUGUUACCUGUUGUUAGAAACACAAGAUGACAGUUCUGCAUACAAAAUGUGCUCCUGCAUCCCAAUAUACAAAGAACAAAUUAAACAAAAUUUCAAAUU